UGAUGCUGGAGAAGCUGUGACUUAAAACUAAGAAUUCAAAACCACUUGUUAUCUCUAUGACUAAAAUAUUUUUGCCAAAGUCUUCCAUCCAACUCCCGUUGCAAUCUAUGUCAGUUAUGUUUUUGGGAUGUUAGAUGAUUCUUUGAGUUUUCUUUCUGGUGUUCGUGUUUUACUGUGUAGUUAUUCAAUAAUUUGUCUACUUUUCUCUCUCUCUCAAACCCUGAUAAUGCUUAUGAAACAAUAGAAGCUAGUAAUUAGUUUUAUUUAUUUCCCUUCAUAAGCUUUUUGGACCAUGAAAAUGCGAGAAUUUACAGCAGUUACUUGAGCAUUUCUAUUGUUGCCUUGCGAACAUGACCUUUGGAGCAUUUUAUAUGUAUAGGCCAUGUUAUUUGCAAUUAUGGAUUGACAUUUUAGUGAUCAUUCAUUCUUUGGACCAAAUGGAGUUGGAUCUUUUAGACCUUCUAAAGACUAUAUUGCAGGAAAGUUUAUUUGUUUUUCGUAACAUUAACGUUGAUGAAAUGGGGACUUGAAAUUUUCAGCAACUAUUAACAUCCUAAAAUUAUAGGAUUGAAUUAUAUAUUUGUCUAAUCUUCAUUGAAUGAAACAUUGUACCUUAUGUAGGAAGAUAUAAACCGUGCGCUAGGGUGAACUCUAAACAUCCAGGCAUUAGGACUGGAAAAAUUUGUCGUGGCCUGCCAAAGAAAAUUAUAUUAAAAAAUCUUGAGAGUUGUAUUUGCGGCAUUAUUUUUUCCUAUAAUCUUGUAUCUAUGUUGGAUAUGCUGUUUAUUUCAGUUUUGUUAAUUUCUAGGUUGGUUCGUAUCACGCAUCAUCAUUGUUGGUCGCAUCUAGACCUCCAACACCAGGAGUUGUAAGUCGAGGAAUUGGUCUUGAAGGUCUUUCUAGUGUCUUGGCUGGUCUUUUGGGUACUGGAACUGGCUUCUCAACUUUGACUGAGAAUAUACACACGAUUGCUGUUACUAAAAUGGGAAGUCGCAGAGCAGUUGAGUUGGGCGCUUGCAUUUUAAUUAUCCUAUCAUUUAUAGGUAAAGUUGGGGGUUUUAUCGCAUCAAUACCUGAAGUCAUGGUAGCAGCUCUCUUGUGCUUUAUAUGGGCAAUGCUUACAGCAUUGGGGUUGUCAAAUUUACGGUAUAGCGAGGCAGGGAGUUCAAGGAACAUUAUAAUUGUUGGCUUGUCUUUGUUCUUGUCCCUUUCAAUACCAGCUUAUUUUCAGCAGUAUGGUAUCUCUCCGAACACAAACUUGUCUGUUCCGAGUUACUUCCAGCCGUAUAUCGUGGCUUCUCAUGGUCCUAUACGCACCAAAUUCGGAGGGCUAAAUUAUGUGCUGAAUACAUUGUUGUCCUUUAACAUGGUGAUUGCAUUCAUAGUAGCUGUUAUUCUUGACAACACGGUUCCAGGCAGUCGACAGGAGCGUGGUGUGUAUGUCUGGUCUGAACCUGAGGCUGCUAGAAGAGAGCCUGCUGUCUGCAAAGACUACGAAUUGCCCUACAGAGUCGGCAAAGUUUUCAGGUGGGUAAAAUGGGUCGGGAUGUAAAUGGUUUUUCAUCGUCUCUUUUGAAGAUAUUCUGAUAUCGUCUAAUGCUGUAGAAUUAUUAUUUUUUAGUAUAUCCAAUGGAGAUGAGUUAUUUUGUGUACAUUGGAGAUGCAGAUUAGGUUCUUGUUUUCAUUUCUCGUGUUGUGAUGCUUAAAUUGUAAAAACAUGUAUGUUUAUUUUGA